GGGGAUCUCGCCUACCGACUCCAAGCUCGAGGGUCCUUCACUUGUAACCGUCCCUUCCUUGAUUCUCCUUCACUGAUCAGGUUUCGUUUGAAUGUUCUGAUAUCGUUCCUCGACAAAUAAUCCAACUCAAAGUUUACCCAUUUAUCGAGACGUUCCAGGAUGUCUGCAGAAACCAUUGCCAUCGAAAACUUCAACUUUCAAGAGUCGGAGGUUUCCGGGGAAAAUGGCGGAAUGUACCUAUUUCAGUGGUUAUCAUCUACUGAGAAAAAACUGGGUGAAAUCCCUGUGGAUCAGUUGAAGUCGAAGCAAAGCGAACUAGAGGCUAUUCUUGUGAAGAUCAUUCUCUCUCCAGAGCCAUAUCCAUCGCCUGGCCGUGCCUUACGAAAUGUCGUCGCAAGAUGCCUUAUUGUAUUAUAUCGUCGCGCAGAAACAAGGACUCUAUUCGACACCCUUCAAGCGCUCUUGAAAGUCACGUCUGAUUUUAAAACUCCAGACAUGGAUGCUCGGAAGAUUGCAGCUUUCUCAUGUAUUGGCGACUUGAUGCAACUGUUUGGCGUUCAGUACAUGUCAUUCAUGGCCGAAAUCGCGACAGUAGCAUUGAAGACGUUCAAAAGCUCUUAUACACCAUUGCUGCGUUAUCACGCCCUCUUAGCUCUCAAAAAGGCUCUAAUCGCUUCAAAACGUGCGGUUCAGGACUCUACAUUCAAGGACAUAUUGAAACAAGCAAAAUCGGCGUUAACGGAUAAGUGUCUCCCACUGCAGCGUGUAGCCUCCGAAGUUCUCAUUGUCCUUUUUUCGGGGACUGAUGGACCGUUGGUAACGGGGAACGACGUCGACUCCAUUAUAUCUCUCUGCGUCAAAACUCUCGAAGCGUCCGAUCAGGUCACCCGGAAAUGUUUAGCGCAGCUUGUCGGUCACCUCCUUGCAUCUACUCAGGUGGAGCGAGCAGUACCAGCCCCUGAACCGUCACAGAAGACGAAGAAAGAGGCCGAGGCAGGAGAUGAUGAUGAUACACAAACGCCUCCCGCUGCUGCCGAAGUGACAAAGCCUCUUUUGAAUCCUCAAGAGAUGUUUAGUCAUCUUUCGAACCACCUCAAUAAACCUAACGUUACACGGAAAACUCGUAUAGGAAUCUUUCAUUUCUAUGUCGCUCUUGUCUCAAAGCUUGGCUCAACAUGGGCAGAGACCAACUAUGCGACGAUUGUUACACACUUAAUGACGGAAAUUGUGUCUAGCACCAAAAGCAGGACUACUAGAUAUGAACUUCUUCUCACGCGCAAACUCGUCGGUAUACUCCUCCGGGACCUCAUCGGCGUGAGGAUGUUAAGUGAACAGGGUCAAAUUGGGGCGAUACGAGAUUUGGCGAACUCCUACCUGAAGCGUUGGCCCGCAAUGAUGCCAGGUCAAGUUGCGCCCAAUUCUGCGGUUCUUGUCGUGGUACUUCGCGAGGUCGCAGGACUACUACAGCAGUUAGGGAACGCUCCCCCGCCCGUGCAGGAUGCCUUGACAGAGCCCCUAAUGACUCUUCUUGCCCAUCCAAGCUAUACUACCCGGGUAACCGCGUCGUGGGCCCUCCGUUGUUUUUGUUAUUCUACCCCUCUUCGACUCCCAAGAACCAUCAUCACAGUCAUCGACAAACUUCAGCGGGACUUGAGCUCUAUGCUGUCACCAGCAGCUCCUAUGGAUGUUCAAUCGAGGGCGUUAGGAUACGCAUACGGCUUAGCCGCCUUAAUAUCAGUCAUCCGUGAACGGCCUUUGUACGUUUCGUACGAUGUGAGCACCAAGGUACUUGACAUGGCGAUUCAGCUCCUGAAACGUGCUGGAGAGCACGACGUCAAGAUUGGCAACACUGAGGUGGAGGUGUCUUGGAUUCUCAUUGCGGCUCUAAUGUCCCUUGGUCCCAACUUUGUGAGGCCCCACCUUCCACAGCUAUUGGUUCUCUGGCGAAAUGCCCUUCCGAAGCCUACUAGCAAAGAUUCACUUAACAAUGCUGGGCGAACUAAUGAAGAAUGGGCGUUCCUUCUACAUGUUCGGGAAAGUGCCUUGGGUGCCAUUGUCUGCUUCUUACAGCACAAUAUGCCUCUUGUAAAUCUCGACGUCGGCCGUCGAAUUGCCUCCGUCCUUAGUAACGCUCUCCUCUUUGCGAAUAACUUUGUUGGGCUCAGCGUCGAGGAAGCACCUGACAUGCAGGACAGCUCAACCAUGAAUCUCAAAACACGAGAAGCACUGCUCCGAAAACGUGUAUAUCAAUGCUUCUCGACGCUUGGGUUUUCGGGUAUUGCGGAUUCGACGCAAAGCACACUUUUACAGUCCGUGAUUACUCUUUUUGCUAGCUCAGAUGGUUAUGCUGGUUCCUCCGUGCAGGCAGCGAUAGCGUCUUCUUCCGGAUCAUUCACAUCGGUAUGGCAAAGUGCAGAUGGCUAUGCUUAUGGUGUAACGUUCCUUGAGAUUGGCGAUGAUGACCUGGUCACAAUAGAGGGUUCUAGUGGAAGUCCCGACAUGUUUAACCGAGACACUAUUGAAGUUGCAAUCGAAGCAUUGCUUCGGCGACCCGUUCUCGGAAGUUGUGAGCAUGAUCCGCUGAGUCUCUGUCAAGUCCGAGACUCGAGCACCGGGUUUCAGCUAGUGGAACUACCCCCACCUGCCACUGCCGUGGUCGAUGCUUCGAUCGAACUUUUCGCGCAACUACUACCAUUACAGGACUUGACCUCCAGCAGUCGUGCAUUAACACAGCUAUUGGAAUCAGUCCGGUCCCCGAAGUUCGAUAAAAAUGUUGGUAGGAAAGCGGCUGCAUUGGUCAAUGCGUCUACCGCCCUGGUUCUAACUUUACGCCAUGCAUGUAAUGCACAAUCGCGCGAAGUUCGCGAACCGUUUGGUACUUCCCAGAUCACAUCUUUACUUUCUCCAUUCUUGAAGGACACCUUGAUUGAUGGCGAUCCCAUCCUCCGCACAGCGAGCAGUGAAUCCAUUGGUCGCUUGGCUAGUCUUGCUGGAAGCAACUUCUUUACGGCCCAAAUUACCUCUUUAGUUGAGCAAGUUGUCAGCAAUCGCGAUCCUUAUGCUCGAUCUGGAUGCGCUCUAGCAUUUGGUGCUAUCUAUGGUCAUGUCGGCGGCCUUGCAGCCGGUUCACUGCUCAAAACUAUCGUGAACGUUUUGAUGUCUCUGAGCAAUGACACACAUCCAGUCGUUCAUUUCUGGGCCCUGAAGGCGCUUGCUCGCGUCGUGAAUGCGGCGAGCUUGGCUUACUCGCCCUAUGUGUCAAGCACUUUGGGCAUGUUGUUGAAAAUUUACUCCAUGAACACACACGAACCCGAAGGUGGAAAUCUCUCCAACGCAAACCUUAGCGGUGAUCAUCCUGCCUACCCGGUCAUGGCACAAAUCAUCGACGCAGUCAUCAACGUUCUUGGACCUGAUAUGAAAGAGUCAGUCAAGACAAGGGCUUUGAUUCUGAAUCUCGUCCAGAGUUUCUUCUCAGAAGAUGACGAGGGAAUUAGGGUGGAAGCCAUCAAGUGCUACCAACAUUUCCUGAUGUUUGCUCCAGAACAUGUCAACAUUCCGGACCUUGUCGAAAGCUUCCGCUACCACCUUACAUCCCCCCGACGACCACUCAAGGUUGCCUCUAUUAAUGCGCUCUACCAGCUUGUCCAAAAGGAUGCCCUUGCAAUGUCCAAACUUGGUGGUGAUCGGCUCGUCGAGGACUUAUUCGGAAUGUUGGACGAUGAUUCGUCGGUGGAGGGUGUCCGGAACGUUAUCACAAGCUGGCUUCAGCAAACCGUGAUCUACAAUCCCUCCGCUUGGAUUGACUUGUGCCAGCGAAUAAUGGCACGCACUACUGCCUCACAACAAGUGGCAGAUGCAUCCUCGGGAUCUAACGCACGAGACGACGAGGGAGAAUCGCUAAACAUCGGGGCCCAAGAGGGAGGAAGAAGCCGCCCAACUUCUCGAUGGCGAACCCAGCUCUUUUCACUGCAAUGUCUUCAUUCUAUAUGCACCAUCGUUGCCAACAGCGGCCGAAGGGAACACCUUGACAUCUAUUAUGCCAGAUCUCGAGAUAUCCCGACCUCGGGUUUGUUGAUAACCCGUGUAGGAGAUCUUAUAAAAAUGGCAUUUACUGCUUCGACUGCCUACGUAACUGAGAUCCGGCUGGAAGGUUUAGUGGUUUUGCGUGAUGUCAUUCAGAUUUUCAGUGCAUCACCCGAUCCUACAUUCGAAGACUCCCUCCUGUUAGAGCAACAUCAGGCACCAGUAACCGCUGCCUUGACGCCCGCCUUUUCUGCCGACUCUACUCCUGAGAUUUUAGCAUCCGCCGUUCACGCAUGUGCGAUAUUCGUUGGCUGUGGUGUGGUCAAAGAUGUCUCAAGAAUGGGUCGUAUUCUUAAGCUGCUAACGGUAGCACUAGAGCAAUCGAAAGAGUCUGGUAUGGUUUCCCUCGGAGAAGCAGGCGAACUGAGUCCGAAUGCAUCAGCAAUGUUGAGAAUAUCUACCCUAUCGGCUUGGGCACAAUUAGAAGUGGCUAGCUAUCAGCAACAGUAUCUUCUUGCAAUCAUUAAACCCUAUCGCACGACGUUGGCUUCAAUGUGGAUUGCUUCCCUCCGUGACUACGCCAGCAUUAGGGUUGAUUCUGAGUCGUUGCAAGACACGUCAGCAACCGCCCUCGACUCCUAUUCAAGCCUGGGUAAAGAGGCUCUGCUUCCGUAUUACGCUAAUUCGUGGAUGCUCAUCCUACAAGCUGUGGCUGCCGCCAUGAGAGCUGGAGAUCUUAAUAUACUUGCCGCCAUGGAUGGUAGAGAAUCGGCCAGAGACCUCGAGUCGCCGAACAAGUCGCGGGACGAACCCGCUGUAUUCUUUUAUGUGAUCUUUGGCUUAGUAUACGAGGCCCUGGCUACAUCCACUUCGGAUUCCACCGACUCUGCUAGCCGUCAAGCCUUUAUGAGUACGGCUUUGCAAGCUCUCAAGAGCUUGGUUAAGCCCGAGUACGCCGGAAAGGCUAUCUUGGAGCCGACUAUCUUCGAUGAAUUUAUUAGCGUAUGUUAUCGUAUCGCAAUGACGGAGGCAGCGUCUGUACAGGUUCAUCUCAUUGAAGUUCUUGCUGCGUUUGCUUGCACGCAAGACAAUAAUGAUAGUGUUUCGGAUUCCAUAACGGCAAACUCUCCGCGUUCGCAUUGUCUGCGAAUAUGUGCACAUAUCCUCAGGCACUCGACGUCAACCUCACAUGGAUCUGCAAUCCAAGGGGAAGCGGUGGACCGUUUCAAGAUGAUCCAGGCUGCGUUUUCUGCAUUUACAGUCGUAGGAGCCUCGACGAACACCUCCCUAAGAGAGGACGUCCGCGCAGUAGCUAUCCUCUUAUACAGCGAAAUUCUUAAGGACGAAUCUCCAGACAUUGAUUUGGCUGGCCCGACGUUUUCGUCCUUGAAGUUAAUUCUGGAUCUUCCCCCUGCCCCAGCUCGAGAUUCAUCUGAUAGAUUUCAAAAACUCAUACAUGGAUUAAUAUCCGACUGCCUCCGCAACAUUGACGAGAUGAGAGGGCGCGAAGGUAUCGCCUGCACCAAGAAAGUGAAAAAUAACCUACUUGCAACAGUCCUCAUCCUGACCAGUAUACCACCAAACAUCAAGGUUGGCGAAACAGUCAUCGAGCAUUGCUGUUUCUUGAUCUCCCAGAAAAUCCUUGAGAUAGGAGACGGUACCCUCAAUGCCGUUCAUUGUGCCAAAACGUUGAUCAUUGCAUCUACUUCGGGGCAUGGCUUGCAUAAAUACUGCGUCAAGUUGCUACUCCCUACCUUGGUUGAGUAUAUUGCCAAAAUGGCACCUCAUGUCAGAGAUGGUUCUAUUACAGAAAGCCAUGCAUCUGCGGUUGGCGAGAUAUGGAAAGCUUUCUUUGCUUUCUUUUCAUCCCUUCAGGAGGCGGAACGCACUCGGCUAUUGGCGGUAUUCUUACCGACCAUCGCGCUUUUGCUAUCUGACUCCCAGACCCCACCAUCCCCGGUCGUUACGCUCAGCACAAAGCAACUUCUUGCCUAUGCGGCUUCGUCCCCCGCUUGCUUCAAAGAGGCGACAGGCAAACUCGACGUAUCUACCAGAGAACUACUUGAGCAAUCGAUACGGAAAGUCCUUGGUAACAGUGCGACCGGACUUGGAGCUCAGCAUACCCAAAAGCCGCAGAUAUCCCUCAGGUCAUUUUGACUGGACGAGGGUCAAUGUAGGUGUUGUCCAUCAGGCGUGUAACUUGUAUUGUAGAUGUAUACCAACUCAUGAUUAACCUUGCCA